GUGUGUAAAUAUUUUUUAAAGGGAGCGUGCACCAAGGGAUCACACUGUCAAUUCAAGCAUUCACGCACUGGCGAUCGAGACAAGUCGGUAGUAUGCAAACAUUGGCUCCGAGGCCUCUGCAAAAAGGGCGAUAGCUGCGAAUUCCUUCACGUAUUCAACAUGAAAAAGAUGCCGGAAUGUUGGUUCUACUCGAAAUAUGGCGAGUGCUGUAACGGUGACGAAUGUAUGUAUCUACACAUCGAUCCAGAAAGCAAACAGAAGGAGUGUCCGUGGUAUGCUCGAGGUUUCUGUAAACAUGGACCCAAUUGUCGGCAUAAACAUGUUCGUAAAAUGGUGUGUCAGAACUACUUGACGGGCUUCUGUCCCGAUGGAUUGAACUGU